AUGACUGCGCUCCAAUUGACUGCAAGGCUUUUGAGGGAAAACGGGAUUGCUGGAUUAUACAAGGGUCUAGGUUCAACUUUCGCUAGGGAUGUGACUUUUUCUGUGAUCUACUUUCCUUUCUUUGCUUAUCUCGACUCAUUGGGCCCUAGAAAAAGUGAUGGAAGCGGCGAUGCAGUGUUUUGGACAUCGUUUAUAGCUGGCCUUACUGCAGGAGCGACUGCUUCAUUUGCUGUGACUCCGCUUGAUGUUAUCAAAACCCGAAUGCAAACUAUCAAUAAGCUAGAAAACGAAGUUCGGUACAAAAACAUCGCAGACGCUUUCAUAAGAAUCUUAAAAAUGGAGGGUCCUCGAGCCCUACUCAAAGGUGCCGCCUGUCGUAUGAUGGUUAUGGCGCCGCUUUUUGGAAUAGCGCAGACAGUUUAUUACAUCGGAGUGGCUGAAAAAAUUCUAGGAGUUCAGAAGACUACGCAUAUAUAG